GAACCCACGCCGGGUCCGAGUGCGAGGCUGGACAGUUUCGGUGCAACAACGGCCGGUGCAUCCCAACUCUUUGGAUUUGUGACGAUGAUGACGACUGUGCUGACAGCAGCGAUGAGGAGAACUGUCGAAAGAAGACAUGUGCAUCCACAGACUUCACCUGUAAUAAUGGCCAGUGCCUGCCUGGUAGGUGGCGCUGUGACGGAGAAGCAGAGUGUAUGGAUGGCUCCGAUGAGGCCGAUGCGAUAUGCGGCCGACAGACUUGUCCACCGGAGAAGUUUGAUUGUGGAGGGGCUGCAAGCAAAUGUGUUUCAWUGUCAUGGCGAUGUGACGGAGAAAGAGACUGUGAGAACGGGGCAGACGAGGACCAGUGCGCUGCAGAUGCCAAGGCCUGCCCCUCCAAAGACUUCCAGUGCCGUAACGGAAAGUGCGUGGCGCCCGUCUACGUCUGUGACGGAGACAACGACUGCGGAGAYGCCAGCGACGAGGAGAAGUGCUCCGCUCCCACCUGCGGCCAGCACGAGUUCCGCUGCAACGACUCGGAGUGCAUCCCAGCCYUGUGGAGCUGCGACGGGGACCCGGACUGCAAGGACAAGUCAGACGAGUCCAUGGAGCGCUGCAGCCGCAGGACCGAGCCCCAGAAACCCCGCUGCCCGGUGGGCGAGUUCCAGUGCGGCAGCGGCGAGUGCGUGCACAUGAACUGGAAGUGCGACGGCGAYGCAGACUGCAAGGAUAAAUCGGACGAAACCAACUGUCCCCUGCUCACGUGUCGACCCGACGAGUUCCAGUGCGGCGACGGCUCCUGCAUCCACGGCACCAAACAGUGCAAUAAAGUUUACGACUGCCCUGACUACAGCGACGAGGCGGGCUGUGUCAACGUUACAAAAUGUGACGCACCAAAGAAGUUCCGCUGUAAAAACGGGGAGUGUGUCGACAGCAACAAGGUGUGCGACGGGGUGAAGGACUGCAAGGACUGGUCUGAUGAACCCGUGAAGGAUUGUGGCCUGAACGAGUGCGCGGACAACAAUGGCGGCUGCUCCCACAUCUGCCGGGACCGGAGAAUCGGUUUUGAGUGUGACUGUCCCUCUGGAUACAAGCUGCUGGACAAAAAGACUUGCGGAGACAUUGACGAAUGUGAGAACCCAGACGCUUGCAGUCAGAUCUGCAUCAACUACAAAGGGGAUUAUAAGUGCGAGUGCUAUGAAGGCUACGAGAUGGACCCGGCCUCCAAGACCUGCAAAGCUGUGGGAAAAAGUCCUUACCUGAUGUUCACAAACCGCCAUGAGAUCCGUCGCAUCGACCUGCUAAAGAGUGAAUACACACAGGUGGUUCCAACACUGAAGAAUGCUGUGGCCCUUGAUGUCGAUGUGUCCACAAACAAGAUGUUCUGGUGUGAUCUGUACCAUCGUAAGAUAUACAGUGCGUACAUCAACGAAGCCAGUGACUCAUCGCAGCAGGUGACGCUGAUCGACUCGCUCCACUCCCCGGAGGGGCUGGCUGUAGACUGGGUCCACAAGAACAUCUACUGGACYGACUCGGGCAACAAGAGCAUCUCUGUCGCCACAGGAGACGGCAGGAAGAAAAAGGUGCUAAUAGCCACUGAGCUUAGUGAGCCACGGGCCAUCGCAGUGGACCCACACCAAGGGUUUAUGUACUGGUCCGACUGGGGAGAUCAGGCCAAAAUUGAGAAAGCUGGGAUGAAUGGAGUAGACAGACAAGUUCUGGUGUCUGAUCAUAUAGAGUGGCCGAAUGGAAUCACUCUAGAUUUGUCUAACAGGCGUCUCUACUGGGUGGACUCCAAGCUGCACCUGCUGUCAAGCGUGGAUCUGAACGGAGACAACCGCAAAGUGCUGCUCUCCUCCCACCACCACCUCGGACACCCMUUCGCCCUCACAGUGUUCGAGGAUCGAAUAUAUUGGACAGACUUGGAAGACGAAGCGAUCUACAGUGCAAACCGACUGACGGGACACGACGUGGCGAAGGUAGCAGAGGACCUUAAUAACCCUCUGGAUCUGGUGGUGUUUCAUGAACAGAGGCAGCCUAAGGCUCCUGACACUUGCAACAUGGGCAGUCUACCCAACGGUGGCUGUGAGUAUCUCUGCUUGAAGGCCCCUCAGAUCACAGACCACUCCCCGAAGUACACCUGUGCCUGUCCUGACGGCAUGGAGCUGGGACCAGACAUGAGGCGCUGCGCUGUAGUUCGACUCAGGACCACCACCAGCACAACRACUUCCACUACAACAACAACAGCAGGCACUACAACGACUACCACCCCUAUGACCAGCACUACCACCACGACUCCCACCACAACAAGCACCACGACCACCUCGGCCUCCACCACGCCGAGGCCCACGCCCAGGCGCCUAACGACGCCAGCGCCCCCUCAGACCUCCAGAAGCAGCAGAAGUACAGAGCGCCCUCAGACACUCGCGGCCACGAGCACAGAGACRACCAGUCUCAGCAGCACCACCAGCCAGACGUCAACAUCCACACGCACACCCCUACUGGGCUCAUUGGUCCCCAACAGCAUUCAGAAAGAGACCAACGCCAACCUGUCUCACAGAGCUGCAAGUGAUCACUACCUCAUAGGUAACAACAUCACGGUAGCUGUUUUGGGAAUAGUCAUUCCGAUCGUCCCUAUCCUUGCCACAGUGGUCAUCGGAUUGCUCUGCACCGGCGGCUACCUGGUCUGGCGCAACUGGCGGCGCAAAAACACCAAGAGCAUGAACUUCGACAACCCCGUCUACCGCAAAACCACGGARGACGACGACGACGAGAUCCACAUCGGGCGCCACAGCGAAUCCAUCGGUCACAUCUACCCGGCAGUGAGUGGCAGCCACAGCCAGCCGUUCAUAGCGCUCCCGCUAGGGGGCGGCGUCACAGACAGCAACUCUCACUGGUACUCAGUGGCGCCCAUGCUCUCCAGUGGCAAAUGAGAGAGAAGCGACGGGAAUAAGGGAGUGU